AUGUCUAGUCUACACGAAUUGCUGACUUUGGAUUCCUUGCCAAUCGAUGAGACCUACGUGGACAAGUUGAAAGCGCUUUUGAAAAGCGGUAUUCCAGCUACUUAUACAAUCGAACAGGCAGCAGCUUUUGAAGCUGGAAAGGACGAUGAUAACGAUGAUGAAGCACCAGCUUCAAACACCACACCGCUUCAUGUCCUGGUACGAUCAUUGCCCGAUAAAUUAACGCCAGCGGAAACCGAGGUCGUGCUUAAGAUGAUGGACAUUCUGUUCGAGUACGGUGCUGGAUGGAACUUUUUGGACUACCAAAACAAGAGCCCUGGAGAUAUCUUGUAUGAGCGUGGACUUUCCAAUGGUCGUGAAUUGUAUGAUAGAGUGGUUGAAGCCGGUGUUUCUGCGGAACUUCUUUUGCGAAAGUUGAGCGACGACAUCGAGUUUAUUGAAGACGCAUCUGAAGACGCAGGUGAAGAGUCGGAGGCUGAAGAGCAAACCGAUGCACAGUCUGUGGCUGCUGUGCAGGCUGAAAACACUGUUGGUGACACUGCAGAAACCCAGGAAGUCUACCUCAAAGCUGAUCUGGAAUACACCUCGAACGCUUUGGUAACAAAGGACAACAAGGACGGUGUCAUGAUGGACUGGGAAACCGGUAUCAUGCGGUUGGCCCGCGACACCAUGUUCAAAAAUGCCGGUUCCGAUGCCGUAGUGCUGAACAUCGGCUUUGGAAUGGGUAUUAUUGACAAUUUCAUCCAGGAACGCAAGCCAACUAAGCACUACAUCUGCGAAGCUCACCCAGAUGUCCUGAAACACAUGCGGGAGCAAGGCUGGUACGAAAUGCCAAAUGUCGUGGUCCUGGAAGGCCGCUGGCAGGACUCACUCUCUGCGCUUUUGGACGAAGGAAACGUUUUUUUCGACGCUAUAUACUACGACACGUUCAGCGAACACUACAGCGACAUGCUUGAGCUCUACGACACUGUGGUUGGGCUGAUCAAGCCGGACGGUGUUUUCUCGUUUUUCAACGGCCUGGGUGCUGAUAGACAGGUGUGCUACGACGUCUACAAGCGGGUGGUGGAGGUCGACGUACAGAACUACGGCAUGAAAUGUGACUACACCACGAUUACGCUGCCUGAGAACCCGAAUUGGGACGAGGUACGUAGAUCCUACUUUUCCUGCGACAAAUACUACCAUCCAGAGAUCCGGUUUGUCUAG